AUGCACAUUUAUCCAUUUCUCCCACCAGCCUCAAAUCUAAUCCCCGAGUCUGACGGACCCUCGGCCUUUCCCAGUGCCAAGGCCUGCGCCGUUCUGGCUGAGAGUGAGGACGGUGGUCAGGAUAUCUCAACCUCUUCUCAGCAGCUCUCAGUGAGUUCCAUGGGGACACAACUGCCACGGAAUUUGCCUCCCGAUGGCACCUCGUUCCGUCAGAUCGCCCUUGGAAAGAGUCUGAACCAGGCCAUUCCUGCGUAUGGAUACUGGAACAUUCAGUUCUAUCAAUCAGAGGCCUCUUAUGUGAAUAUGGACUUAUCCGUGCCUCGAGGCGCCUCCGUGGGCUUGUAUGCGAGACGGAACGGUCUUCCAACUCACACUAAUUACGACAUAAUGGAGGUGAUCAAAGGUUUCGAAGACUCGAGGAGCCGAAGGUCCUCUCGCCGCUCAGUGUCCAAAUCAUUGCCUCUUUUCCUCACCGAGGGUCAUUGGUUCAUUUCCUUUUACAAUGAUUACGGAGACGCCCAAACCCUUGGCUUCAUGGGUACCUUGUCUCAAGAGCUCACCGAAGGUUGUCCCAAGGGCUGUAAUGGAAAAGGAGAUUGCAUUGCCGGGCGAUGCCACUGUCAAUCUGGGCAUAGUGGAAACGACUGCAGCCAAGAUGUAUGCCCGGUGUUGUGCAACGGCCAUGGAGAUUAUGUGAAUGGAGAGUGUGUCUGUCAGCCCGGAUGGAAGGGCAAGGAAUGUCAUCUAAGGCACGAGGAAUGCGAGAUCACUGACUGUAACGGCCACGGACACUGCGUGGAAGGACUCUGUCACUGCAUUAAAGGAUUUACCGGCGAAUUCUGCGAGAAAAGUAAGAAAAAGAGAACCAGGGAAAAAGAAACACCAUGCACAAAAGCUUUCCCAUCCACUUUGGAAUUCAAAGAAAAGACCCUUUUUUGCCAUUUUCUUCGUUCCUUCGAAGGCCAGUGCCGAGCUCCACAGGCUUCGUCUUUUCACGUCGACAGUAGUACUUUAAUGCACGACGUGUGCCGUCCGUAG